CACACCUCUACUGCCUACUCUAUACACCAGCGUUUCCCAACCAGGGUGCAAAACUACAACUUCCAGCAUGCCCGGAAUGCUGGGAGUUGUAGUUUUGCUAUAGCUGGAGGCACCCUGGUUGGGAAACACUGCUCUACACACACAGUUCGCACACUACCGACUGCUCAGUUAUUCCUACGCCUUUGCGAACAGGCAGACAACACUUGUGGGUGUGAGCCUGGCUCCUCCCGUCCAUGUGGGUGAUCACAUGAUCGUGACGUCAUGAAAGGUCCUUUAGCUGUGUAGGAUGUAGAGCGUGCAGGCAGGUAACAAUGGUGAUCCUGAAAGAAGGACUUUGUCCUGGACUAACAGCUGAUAUUAUUACUGUCCUGAGAAAGAACCAUGUGAGAACAGUGGUUGAUUUGGUAGCAUCUGAUUUAGAGGAGCUGGCAAGGAAAUGCUCUCUCUCAUAUAAGACCCUUGUGGCUGUAAGACGUGUGCUGCUCGCUCAGUACUCAGCUUUUCCCUCAAAUGGAGCAGAUUUGUAUGAAGAGCUGAAAGCAUCUACAGCAAUCCUUCCCACUGGAAACAAGAAACUAGACAUUCUAUUAGAUUCAGGAUUAUAUACAGGAGAGGUCACUGAAAUUGCAGGAGCACCUGGCAGUGGUAAAACACAGUUAUGUCAGAGCAUUGCUGUAAAUGUAGCCACCAGUUUACAGCAGAGAGUUUGUUAUAUAGACACCACUGGGGGGCUCACUGGCACUCGUCUUCUACAGUUAAUUCAGUGCAAGACACAACAGGAAGAUGAACAGGUUGCAUCACUUGAAAGAAUUCAGGUGAAGCAUGUGUUUGAUGCAUACAAGCUCUUAGAUGUACUCCAAGAUCUAAGACACAGUUUUUCUCAGCAGCUGCUAAGAUCCGGAGAGACACUGAGACUUGUGGUGGUUGAUUCAGCAUGUGCUGUGAUAUACCCACUGUUAGGCGGCAGACAGACAGAAGGAAUGGCCAUUAUGAUGUAUCUGGCAAGGGAACUACAAACACUUGCUCAUGAUUUCAGCUUAGCUGUACUAGUAACUAAUCACAUUACCAAAGAUGGAUCAGCAGGUUUUCGACCUGCAUUAGGCCGCUCAUGGAGCUUUGUGCCCAGCACCCGCAUUCAGAUACACAGGGAUGAGGGGAACAAGCAGAGUGGAAAUCGUUUAAUGUCAUUGGUCAAAUCUUCUCGACAGCCCACUAAUCUGCAAGAGGAAAUUAAGAUAGGAUAUAAUGGAAUAUUGGAGGAGAACAACAUGGGUACCGCUCGUGGAUCAUGAUGUCUUCAGGACCUCCAAUACAAAUUACUUCUUGAAGCACUGACAUGUAAACCGUGUUUGGAAAGAUAGAUGACAUGGAAGUGUAUGGGACUAUUUAAUUAUAUUUUUGUCUUCUGAAAAUUUGUAAAUAAAUACUUUGUGAUCAAAGUUCUGCUCAUCCUGCACGGGCCAUUACAAGAUAAGAAUCCUAAGCAUACUAACUUUGCAGUAUUUAGAUCAGGGGUCUCAAACUGACGGCCCUCCGGAUGUUUGAGACCCCUGAUUUAGAUGAUACAUUAGUGCUUUCAUUGUGGCUUAUUGCCUAAUAUGGAGAUGGGUUGUAAAGAGAAAUAACAUGGUUUUAUUUUGUUAAUAAUGGGAAAUCCACCUUAUGUAGUGUCCACAGGCCAAAUACAUACAGGGAAUGUACUGUACGUGUGGAUUAAUUGCCUUCAUGUGUGUGAGUAUGUAGUAGGGGAAAUAAGAUUGUAAGCUCUAAUAUUGCAGGUAGCAGUGAAAUAUACCUGGUGGUUUUAAAAGUCCAACCACAUUGGUGCCUUAUACCCUGUAGACUACUUUCUGAAAGUUCUAUAUUAUGGUCAUUCGUCCAUAUUUUCUUUAUUUGUGCAGAAUGUUUGUCAUUCUUGUGUGUAUGUGUGUCCGCUUUACCUGCACAUAUCCCAGAAUAAAGAAAAAGCAUUGAAGAAGUGGUGAGUCGCCUGUACUUUUCUUUGUUUGGAUUGUGUUACAUGAAGUCUUAUUACCUUCACACAAGAGCACCACCACCUAUGCACCGCAAUCAGACAGGCUUCAGCUGCACAUAAAGAGAGUCACAGGAAGUAGGGCUAGCAGUGCCAACACACUUGCUUUCUCUUUAUUCCAGUUGAUAAAACAAAAUGUAUUUGUUACAGUAUCACUUUUGCUACAGUAAAUUUCAACCACUGAAAAGAGCUUGUCCAUUAUGAAGACCACAGUUCAAAGGAAGGUCUUGUUCAGAAAGAAACUGCCUAAUCCUCCAAGUAAGAGCAAGAAAAGGCAAAAAAUUCAGACAUUGCAAUGACUACCACCAGCACUGUCAGACUCUAUUAACCAUACACAUAUGGCACACAGCUGUGAGAAACUCAACUUUGCUAAUGGACCCUUGGAACAAGUUACCUGUUUUGCUCCACGAAUGUUUAGAGGAGCUCUGCUGAGGGUACAGUAUGAAUCUAUUGACAGGUGAUGAAACUAUACUAGAAGACUUGUAUGUAAAUGAUCAGACUGUGUGUAAGCAUAACCCUAAUUCCAUAACUUUUCCCAUUGUACUUCUAUCACUUCACUUUGACAGAUGCAGAUGUGGUCUGAAGAGAAAAUUGAGAAUGAAAAUGAAAGUAAAGGAAAUUAUUUACAACUUUUUCCCUGACAUAGGCAAUAUUGUGGAAGGCAAGGGAAGCAGUUUUGUCAAAGAACCAAGUGGCGGAAGAAAAUGUAAAGAAGGAAGUUUCCUUUGUGGGCCAAGUGGUGGAAGAAGCGAUAAAGAAGCACUUUCCUUGGUGAAGCAAGCGAUGCCCGGUAAUAUUAAUAGUGUUUUAUCAUCACCUCCAUUGUGGGACACACACAAGCAAGUACCCAGUACUGCUGAACAACUUCUGGAUUAUGUUAAUGACGCAAGUGCCAACACCACCAGCUGUGAAAACAGCAGUCCCUCUUAUUGUUGUUGUUCCCAUUUCUAGUUACACUGUGUAUUCUGGACUCCUCAAAACUUAAUCAUAUUUAAGAAAAGGCCAGUAAUGAAUUCCACAACUUUGCCCAGGUACUGGUUAAAGUGUUCCUGUGACCAACAAAAACUUUUGAUAUAAUGUAGAUAAUAUCAUUAUAUGUAUAUUUGUAAUAUACAUUGAUUAAAAAAUUGUGUAUAUUUUUCUGUGAAAAAAUGCUGUCCCUGCAGCUAUUGCCUGUGUGUCUCUAUGAGGAGUCCAAAUACAGGAAGUGAGGCCAGGACAAGUAGGGCUCUGUGCAGACUCCUGGCUUGUCCUGAUGUGUGAGCCAGGGGACGUGUCAUAGGGCCUCACUGCACAGAGCCCUGCUUGUCCUAAGUGCACAGAGCCCCGCUUGUCCACCCACACUUUCUGUAUUUGGACUCCUCAUAGAGACACACCAACAAUAGCUGCAGGAACAAAAAUAUACACAUUUUUUAAUGAAUGUAUAUUACAAAUAUACAUAUAAUGGUAUGAUCUACAUUAUAUGAAAUGUUUUUGUGUACGACAGGUACACUUUAAAGAACUUGUGUACAUUCACACGUACAGGAUCUGCUGCAUAUUUUCUGCAGAUGAUUUUGCUCGUCAAUCCUGUACUUGUAAACGUACAAGACUCAGUAUAUCCUCAAGUGCCUACAACCUUUUUUAAUUGUUACCUGUUAAAAUAUCAAAAUGUAAAAUAAGUUGAUGGGAAGUUGUACAAAUGGAAUGAAUCAA